CGGCGGCGGCGGCGGCGGCAGCUGAAAGUCCUCUUCACCCCCCCUCCCCCCCAGCCCCUCGCCUCAGUGUCGCCCCAAGAUGGCGGACACAAUGAGCCGGCGCCGCGGCGGUUGGCUCUGAGGGGGACGCCCGCCCUCCCCUCCUCCUACGAAAGGAGCGAGUGAGCGCGGCCGAAGCCGUGCCGGCAUUGCCUGAGGAAGAGGGGAGGGGAGGAGGGAAGAGCCGCCAGACAGCAGGAGGAGGAGGAGGCCCGACGUAACGGCCGCCAUCUCGGGGCCGCCAAGCGGGGCGGCGCCUUGAACUGCCGGGGGGUUUCGGGGCCUUGAGGCGCCCGCCCGCCCGCUGGUCCUCUUCUCCCGCCGGGGGUCCGGGGCCCGCCCGCCCGCCCGCCUGCCCGCGCGUCCCCGCCCCGCCCCGCUUCGGGACUCCCGCACGGCCUCCGCUUCCUCGGCCUCGGCCUCCGCCCCGGCCCUCCCGGCCCUCCCGGCCUCCCCGGCCCGGCCGCCGCCAUGAAGCUCACCGACAGCGUGCUGCGGAGCUUCCGCGUCGCCAAGGUGUUCCGCGAGAACUCGGAUAAGAUCAACUGCUUCGACUUCAGCCCCAACGGCGAGACCGUCAUCUCCAGCAGCGACGACGACUCCAUCGUGCUGUACGACUGCCAGGAGGGCAAACCAAAGAGAACCCUGUACAGUAAGAAAUAUGGCGUGGACCUCAUCAGAUACACACAUGCAGCGAACACAGUUGUUUACAGCUCUAACAAAAUUGACGAUACCAUUCGUUACUUGUCCUUACAUGACAACAAAUAUAUCAGAUACUUUCCAGGACAUAGCAAAAGGGUGGUGGCCUUGUCCAUGUCACCUGUGGAUGACACUUUCAUUUCUGGGUCUCUUGAUAAGACUAUCCGGCUCUGGGAUCUCCGGUCUCCUAACUGCCAGGGUCUCAUGCAUCUACAGGGCAAGCCAGUUUGUUCUUUUGAUCCAGAAGGGUUAAUUUUUGCUGCAGGUGUCAACUCUGAAAUGGUCAAACUUUAUGACCUUCGUUCUUUUGAUAAGGGACCAUUUGCGACCUUCAAGAUGCAGUAUGAUCGGACUUGUGAGUGGACAGGACUUAAAUUCAGCAAUGAUGGCAAACUCAUUCUCAUCUCCACCAAUGGCAGCUUCAUCCGCCUCAUUGAUGCGUUCAAGGGCGUGGUGAUGCACACGUUUGGGGGUUAUGCCAACAGCAAAGCUGUCACACUGGAGGCUUCAUUUACUCCAGACUCCCAGUUCAUUAUGAUCGGUUCUGAGGACGGCAAGAUCCAUGUGUGGAAUGGAGAGAGUGGCAUAAAAGUAGCUGUAUUGGAUGGGAAACACACAGGCCCCAUUACCUGUUUGCAGUUCAACCCGAAGUUCAUGACCUUUGCCAGCGCAUGUUCCAACAUGGCCUUCUGGUUGCCCACCAUUGAUGACUGACCCUGAGGCCGCCUGGCUGUUUGUGUACUGAGGGUGCUGACGGGAAAAACUCAAGGGGACUGAGCUGACCCAGAUGGGAUCAUUUGCCCUGUGCUGGAAACCAUCUUUCCAACAUACCUUCCCAUGGGUGUGUGCUGUACAUGGACGCAAAAACUGCAGCUUUGCUGAGCUUCUCUAUAUGGACCCUGGUGCUGAAGACUGAGUUGGGACCCUGCCUCUCCCGCCAGCACCACAUCCGGCUCCCUCCUGCAAGCUGAGCACACUCACAGCUAGGUCAUCAUGGCCACCAGGCACCUGGGACUUUGAAUGUAAUUGCUGCUGAGGAGCCGGGGACUGGGCCCAUUCUACACAUCCCUCCUUUACCCUGAUAAAUGCAUGGGAAGCCUCCGUGUGGUUUCGAGAUGCCAGGGGCACUCUGUGCCCCGGCCCUCACCCUGCAUGUGUUGUUCCUGGGGUCUCCCUUUGUUCCCGUGGCAUUACUCCACAGCCAUCGUGUUUCUUAGGUGCCAAACAUUUCCAGAAGUGAAUCUUGAUGUGCGUCGGGGGGUCUGAGGAAAGCAAGGAUAAGGAAGGAAACAGUGCAAGUUAGGUCUAUGAGGGUGGGCCGUUUGGGCAGGCCUCAGACUCUGGGUAGGGUAGAUAAAGGUGACAGGUGAGUUCCAAGGGCUAGAAGGUUUAGCAGCAGUGCUCCAUUGUCAUGUUAAACCCAUCGUCCUCCUGGGUGCCUGCUGUGCUUGCUGUACAGAAGCAGCGAGGCAGGCUCCUAGCUUUGUCCCUACGGUGCAUCCCACUUUCCUGUGGGCCAGUAUUGUGGAACGAGUCUGAGUUGUUUACACUGAUGCCUUCUUCCCCUGCCUACCACCAAUUGUGUACAGUCUGCAAGAUGACACCCCAGAAAGAUCUUCCAGCUCCCACCCAUGAGCUGGUUCUAGGCCUUGUUAUAUGUUCUAUUUAGCCUUUUUAUAUAUGACCUUUGCAUUGUUUGUAUUUUAGCACAGUGUGUGCAUUUCCACUUAAAUAUACUUGUGCAGGCAUCUAUCUUCUCUCUUGUGUAUAGUUUCAGAGUCCAACUGAAGGAGGGAGGCCUGCACCCUUGCUCAAAGUGUUUGCCACCAGUGUUAGUCCUCCCGCUCCCCUUCCGUUUUCCCUUUGGGAAACUCAGCGAAGCAAAGCUUCCAGUGUUUGCUGUUUUCCUCGGCAGCUAAGUGGGGGUGAUCCCCCUUUGUGCCUCAACCCACGCUCGGGGCCCUCUGUACAGUAUUAGUCUCUUUUUCGCCUGGUUAUGCUCUGUCUGCACCUGUGUAUGUGUGUCGGUCACUUUUGCAUGGCUUUUGUGCCUGGCUUGCUGCAUUUGGGGACAGGGUGCUAGAACCAGUGUUCUUCGUUUGUCCAAAGCUUCUUUGCCAAUUGAGUAGGUUACUCCCUUUAGCUGGUAGGUCUUUCAUGCUCUCUUCUUGCUUUCUUUUGAGAAAGGCCCAGGUUGAGAAGAGCUAUAGCAGAGUCAGUGGCUAAGUUCCCACCCAAACAUUUACGGGGAUAGCACUCCCCUGCACAUGGAGAAACUGAGGCCCAACGAGGUUAUGAAUCACCCUGCGGUACAUAGCUGCCAGGAGUAAAUCAAGCCAUGACUGCUUCUGUUGAGCGGCAGUCAUAGGCUAUGAAUCACUAGCACUUUUUCUUUUCUUUUUUUUUUUAAAAAGCAAUUAUUUUUUUACUUGUUAUUCAUGCUGAAAAGACAAGAGGCAGACACCUUUGUUACAGCAGACUGGAAUCUGCCGUACGAUGUGGUGUGGCGCCCCCAUGGUAGGAGCCUCUCCCCCCCUCCCCCCGUGGAGGGGCUGCCUGCCUGCCGGGCACAACGCUUCUGAGACUUUGCAGAGAAAAGACUGCCAUUAUCCAACAUCAAGAAAGAAAAUAAUUUGUAUCUGACUUCCUGUGUGUCCAAAAAGUGAGGUGCCAUGUCUUCAGAAAAUAUGCCACCCCCACAAGCCCAGGGCCCUGAAACUGCAGCGCUGGCCUGGAGCUGGGGAGACACGCUAGAAGUGAGCCAUGGGCGGCCACAGCUUUUAUGUAACAGCUGACACUGCGCUGGUGGUGGGGGGGGUAUGGGUGCGUGUGUAUGUAUGUAUGUGUGUGUGGGCAGGGUCUCACUAUAAGCAAAAUCCUAGACAUUCACUAUCAUGCCCAACUCCAGUGGAUUUUUUUAGUUCCUUCCUCCGCCCCCUUUUGUGUUUAUGGUACUGGGAAUUGAACCCAGGACCUUGACACUCGUGUAGGCAAGUGCUCUACCAUGUGACCUACACUCCCAGCUCUCUUGUAGGGUAUUUCUUUUUCCCUUUUUAAUUUUUUAAAAAUUUUUAAAUGAUUCCCUGUUGUAAUCAUAAUUAUUGCUUACUAAGGAAAAUUGGGGAAUUACAGAAUCGUUGGCAACCCGCAUAUUACCACUGUUAAUCUUUUGAUGUUAAAUGUUUCUCUAGAGACUUCUGUGCAUAGAUUUUUGGCGUGUUUACAUAGUUGUUAUUCUACUGUAUAUACAAUUUUAUGUCCUUUUUGUACUUAAAACAUAUAAACAUUUUUUCCAUGUUACCAGUCUUAAACA